AGGCUAAAAGGUACUGCAUAAGCCCAGGCCAGAGUCUGCAAUGGCCAAACUGCACCAGCUCGGCGCCCCGGACUUAGAUGGGCAAGGAAAGGUGCCGAGGCGUAAAGAGCCCUGGAGCUUUGACCGGGCGAGAGACAGCGGCGCUUGUUUACCUCCAGCUCCAGCCUCUGCCGGCCCCUCCCGGCUUUCCCUCGGAUAGGCGACAAGAUCGGCUCUUGCGCAACAGGUGGAGGGAGGCCCCAGAGCGAGCAGGCGGGCAGGCAGCGCCGCGAUUCUGGCGAGCGGGGCUGGGCGGCUAGUCGCUUUCGAGCUGAUUUGACACAGACCAAAGAUGGCGACAAUUGGAUUAAUAUCUUCCUGCGCCUGUGCCCGUUCAAUGGUGCCUUUACUUAGGACGGGAAUUCAACCAAUGAGCUCGUCCCAAUUGCACACAACAGCCAGGUCUGCCUCGAAGGAUUACUACGAGGUGCUUGUGCUAGGGGGAGGCACCGGCGGGAUCUCCAUGAGCGCACGGAUGAAACGGAAAGUGGGUGCUGGCAAUGUGGCGGUGGUUGAGCCUCAAGAGAAUCAUUAUUAUCAGCCACUCUGGACUUUGGUUGGAGCUGGGGCAAAACAGUUGGCACCUUCUUCGCGUCCAACGGCCAGUGUGAUUCCCUCGGGUGUAAAGUGGAUCCAGUCCAGAGUGCAGAAGCUGGAUCCAGAUAAGAGCUGUGUCCAUUUGGAGAACAACCAAAGGAUAUCUUACAAGUAUUUGAUCAUUGCCCUUGGGCUCCAGCUGCAUUAUGAAAAGAUCAAAGGCUUGCCUGAGGGCUUUAACGCUCCUAAAAUAGGUUCCAAUUAUUCCAUUCGCACAGUAGAGAAAACUUGGAAAGCUCUGCAAGAUUUCCAGGGAGGAAAUGCCAUUUUCACCUUUCCAAACACCCCCGUGAAAUGUGCAGGGGCACCACAAAAGAUCAUGUACUUGUCAGAGGCGUACUUGAGAAAGACUGGAAAACGACCGAAAGCCAAAAUAAUCUUCAAUACCGCCCUUGGAGUGAUUUUUGGUGUUCAGAAAUAUGCUGAUGCUCUACUAGAGAUUAUCAAAUCAAGGGACAUUACAGUUAACUAUAGAUGCAACCUUGUUGAAGUUCGAGCUGAUAAACAGGAAGCAGUCUUUGAAAAUUUGGACAAACCUGGAGAGAUGGAAGUUUAUCAGUAUGAAAUGCUUCAUGUCACUCCACCCAUGGGACCCCCUGCGGUGCUUCUAAACAGUCUGGUUUCAGAUGCAGGUGGCUGGGUCGAUGUAGACAAGGAGACAUUACAACAUAAGAAAUACCUAAAUGUGUUUGGGAUUGGAGACUGCACUAACCUCCCUACUUCAAAGACGGCUGCAGCUAUAGCUGGCCAGUCUGGUGUACUUGAUAAAACUAUUUCUUCUGUAAUGAAGGGCAAAACUCCAACUAAGAAGUAUGAUGGAUACACCUCCUGUCCCCUGGUAACAAAUUACAACCGUGCAAUCCUAGCAGAAUUUGAUUAUAACGCUCAGCCUUUGGAAACGUUUCCUUUUGAUCAGAGCAAGGAGCGGUUCACAAGUUUUCACAUGAAAGCUAAUAUGAUGCCUUUUCUUUACUGGCAUGGACUACUCAAAAACCAAAGGCGGCUUACAUAUGGUUCCCAGGCACUGACUAGACCUGACACUGUUUAGCUUCAGCAGCGAGCUGGCCUCAGAUGCCUUUCAGACUCACUAAUGAACCUUAAUGCACAAGCCUUCAUUUGCCUUAAAACAAACUACCACCUCCGAGUCUCUGCCCUCGGCAAUAAAAAUGGUCUACUUUACAAAGCUGCCAUGAGGGCUGCUGAGAAGGUUUGUGCUUUGAACAUUCAGAAAGCAUUCUAUAAAAUGUCACUGAGUGUACUAACUCCUUACUUCUCAGUAUGCCAGCUAGCUGUCCUUUUACAAAGAACUUCUUGUAUCUAUGUCUUUGUAACAAAUAUAAAGUAUUCUACACUAUUCAAUGAAAAUCAGGCUCUUUGUAGCCUUUUCUAUCUGUAAAUGGAUUGCAGGAUUUGCACUAUGAAUGUAUUGUUCCACACUACUUAAGUCAACAUUCCGUAGAUAGCAUCCAGCUAAGUAGGAACUGUCGCAACCAUCUGUUUUCUGUCAUUUGUCUGCAAUUACAUUUUCUUCUACCUGUUGGGGAGGUGUCAUGGCUCAGUGACUGAAUAUAUGGCUUGUAUGCAGAAGGCCCUCGAUUCCAUCCUAACAUCUCCAAUUCAAGGAGUGAGGUAGGAGGUGGUACAAAAGCCUGAGAAGCUGGACAGCAGUUGUCUGUCAAAAAGAGACAAUACUCAGCUAGACCAAGUAGUCUGGCCAGGUAUUAGGCAGUCUCCUGUACUUUUGAUAAUAUAGUUUACACAAUAAAAUCUCUAGUAUGUCUCUGCAAACAUGAUUAGUGUCAAUAAAAAGCAUAAAAUAAAUCACAAAAGCUUUAUCGGUGGUAGAUGCUUUUUAAUCAAGGCCACAUUUUAGAGACUUGAGUCAGCAUGAAGCUAUUUAUUAAAAGCAAAGGGAAAAAGCUUCAUAGAAGUUGGAACUUUACUGCCAAGCCAGGCAUGUAUAAGAAAAAAAUAAGUUAUUGAACAAGCGUCUUCUACUUCAUAAGAAUCCUCCAGCCACUUGUCUAUCUCUGUCAAAAGAAGAAAACUGUACUGUGAGUGACUGCUGCAUAUGCUUUAUAAACACAUUAAACAAGACAGCAUUAGAUGAGAAUCUCAGAGCCUUUAAAGUUUUUUGAAGAAUCUACCAACCAGCCCACCAGUACCAAUUGUUCAGACCGGUAGGAGUUCUUGCCUUAGGGAAAGAAGGGGCAAGCAACCAAGCAGAGAACAAAAAGCAUGACAGUUCAAUUAUUUCCAGUUGAGUAAUGUUCUGGUAUGUUAGCCUUUUGAAGCAAGAUGGUUGCUUAUUCCUAACUGCAGCUUAAUUACACCCAGCCCAAGCACUCAAUAGUGGAGUCAUCCCUCUAGAAUUUAAUUGUAUUAUCCAUUGCCACCUUGGGCUUCUUCUGGGAAGAAGGGCGGGAUAUAAAUUUAAUAAAUAAAUAAUCCACACUCAAGUAGAAACUAGACCCUCCAAUGGAAACUAAAAUUAUUUUUCCCAUUAAGCUUUUACAAAAAACUCAAUGGAGUUUUGCUGUUGGGAUGGAUAGUGCAUCACAUGCACUUAAAAGAGUUGGCCCUUUUCUCCAAACCCCUGAAAACAGGACUACUAUAUAUUUAAGAGUUGCGCAAUAAGCAGAAAUUCAAAUUUCACCCCUUUAUUACAUGCUGGAGAUCUCUAUUCUGUUCAGUAUUAUAGCUGUUUGCCAUGGGGUGUUCAAGGUGCAGAAGAAGUGAUGUGGAAAUUUUUCCAGUGCUUUAUUUUUGUUUGCAAAAUUUCGUGCUUCCUAAGUUCGCUUGUAACAAUGAAUGGAUGCCAGUUACAAAUAAAUAUUAAGCAAGCAAUACUUUGGAACACUGACAAGUUUCUCUUUUUACAUGCAACGAUCUGCAACUCAUUUUGCCCCCAUUCUUAAGCACAAUUCUUACCAGCAGUUCUUCCAAGCUGUUCUGAGUAUGUUCAUAGACUUGAUUAAAGAGCUCCUCCCUUGAUUUUCUUCCAUCCAAUUGAACUGAAAUAUAAAACACCAUCAUUUGAAGAUGGAAGAAAUUUUGUUGAUGAAAUAAUCUAGUUAUUUUAAGGAUUGCUAUUUUUGUCUUUGCUAGGCACACAGAUCUGCAUACACGAUGCAUUUUUAAGUCUGGUCAACAGGAGUUAGGAAAAAAAGGUAGACGGUUAAGAUUCACAAAGAUCUUUUGCCUGAAGAAAUGCUGUUUUGUUUUCAUGAAGACAUACUGGUGUAUUUAAUAUUCUUCAGACCCCCACCCCCACCCCCACCGAUUCAUAGGUAACACAAGUAAUAGUUUGUUGUUACAUACAAGAGCCUUGGCCUUGCAUAUCCCCCCCUCCUUUCUGGACACAAGGGGAUUUACAAUUUUCAUUCCCAGAUAUUCCCAAACCUAGCAAAUGGCAAGUACAGUUUCUUAAUAAACUAGGAUACGGAUUACAGAUUACCAUAAAGUUAAGUGCCUGCAGUGAGUAAAAUUGCCUCCAAGCAACUAAUCAAGUUCACCCAACCUCCUAGCCCGAGCAAAUAACAUCCUACCCCCAUUUCCAGUUUGAAAGCUUGCUCUGAAUCCUGGGACAGAGAGGUCAGGUCCAGUCUCCAUGUGACAGAGGCCCAGCAUGAAGCUAGCUAACUUUCCUCCUGCAGCCCCAGCCAUUUGAAGCUGCAAAAGGGAAGCAACUUAUGCUUGGUGGAAAAUGAAUACUUGAAAGUAUCUUACCUGACAGGAUAAUAAAACUGGCUCCCACAUCCCAAUUUAAACUUACCCACAUCAACAUUAAGGUCUUCCAUUAGCUGCUUAUGUUUGAUGUACAUGGGCCAGACGUGACCAUCAAACAAUCCAGGUGGAUCUGGUACAGUGUAAUUCCUUGAACUAAACAAUGGGGGGGGGAGAGAAAUCCACAAAUUUCAACUUGAACUUGGAUUACUAUGCAGUAAAUUAAAGAGCCCUUUGCCUAUGCCACUGGUUCCCAAUGGAUUACUUGAAAAUUGCUGAUGGUCUUAGCGGACCAUGAUUUUUCUGCCUUUUGUAGCAAUUGUAGUGUGCCGUGCUAGAUUCGGUAUGAUUUUAAAUGGUUUUAAUUGUUGCUU